CUGAGGUUGCAGGGUUUGGUGGUGUCGAGCGGGCUGCGACGAGUGCCUAGCGCCUCAAAASAAAGCGUUCGGUCGCAUUUUUGCUCUGGAUUCGCCUGGUUCGGGCGGUUUUUGUUGCUCCAAGGGUGUAAAGCCCCGCAGCCGUUGCUCUGUGCGUUCCCGUGGKGCCCCAGCCAUGGUAAUGUUCAAGAAGGUGAAGAGCUUCAUGGUGGCCUUCAGCGAGCCCGACAAAGUCUACUGCAGCGGGGACAAGGUGGCUGGGCGUGUGCUGGUGGAGGUGGCUGAGGUGACCCGUGUCAGUGCCGUCAAGGUGUUGGCAUGUGGUGUGGCCAGGGUGACCUGGGCCAAGGGUCCGGCGCAGUGCCGGCAGGAGAUGGAGUACCUGCGCUUCGAGGACGUGCUGGCRCUUGAGGAGCAGCCCACAGAUGAGGAUGGCUCCGUCAUCCUGAGACCUGGGAACAAGUAUGAGUACAAAUUCGGCUUCGAGCUGCCCCAAGGGCCACUGGGCACCACGUUCAAGGGGAAGUAUGGCUCUGUGGAUUACUGGGUGAAGGCGUCUCUGGAGCGUCCAGCCUGCCCCAUACAGCAGGUCAAGAAACGCUUCGAGGUGAUGGAUCCUGUGGAUGUGAACACCCCAGAAUUGCUGUCUCCAGUUGCAGCCAAGAAGGAGAAGAAAGUGUCGUGUAUGUUCAUCCCAGAUGGACGCGUGUCUGUCAGCGCCCAAAUUGAUAGGAAGGGCUUCUGUGAAGGUGACGAGAUCUGUAUCAACGCAGACUUUGAAAACACCUGCUCACGCAUCGUGGUGCCCAAGGCAGCCAUUGUGGCCAAGCACACAUACCUGGCCAAUGGUCAGACCAAGGUCUUCUCCCAGAAACUGUCCUGCGUUCGUGGCAAUCACAUCAUCUCYGGGACCUCUGAGUCCUGGCGUGGCAAAACCAUCCGUGUGCGGAAGCUCAAACCCUCUAUCCUGGGCUGCAACAUCCUGCGUGUGGAGUAUUUCCUGCAGAUAUACGUCAGUGUCCCGGGCUCCAAGAAAAUCAUCCUGGAGCUGCCGCUGGUUAUUGGGAGCCGCUCAGGCAUCGGGAGCCGCAGCUCCAGCAUGGCCAGUCAGACAAGUUCGGAGAUGAGCUGGGUGGACCUGAAUCUCCCGGAUGCUCCAGAGGCUCCCCCGUGCUACCUGGACAUUGUUCCUGAGGAUCACCGGCUGGAAAGCCCCACCACGCCACUCCUGGAUGAUCCGGAUGGAUUUGACAGCCCCAUCUUCAUGUACGCGCCCGAGUUCAAGUUCAUGCCGCCCCCCACCUACACGGAGGUGAGCUCAGCACCGGCACGGGAUGGGCCAGGUGGAUCUGGGGUCACCUGCCUGGRUCCCUCACCUGCUUCCUGCUCCGUCGCCCAGGUGGAUCCCUGCGUUGCCAACAACAAUGUCCAGUGAGCGCUGCACUUGGUGGGUUGCUCCUGCUUUUCUGGACUCAGCUCCAUGUGCCACACACCUGCAACAUGUCUGGCCCCACACACCUGGAGUCGAAGUGCUCCCGAGGAACUGCCACAUUCCUGAGGAACUGCUGCAUUCUCGAGGAACCACUGUUCCAGAGCCAUCCCGGGCACCAGAAUCUUGUGGAAAACCCGGCAAAGAGCCCUCACAGACUGGGGGGAGGCAAGAUGGAUCCAGCUGGAAAAGGGCUGGAAAACCUCAGCUGUCAYGGCUGUUGUGACAUGCUGUGUGUUCUUGCCUUGUCAUGACGUGGUGACAGGCAGGAAACGCUGGUUUUAACUAAGUCCAUCCUAAUUCCGUAACUCUGGAUGCUGCUCUGGUUGCCCUGCGCUCCUGCUGAGGGACGGGGGCACUGACACCAUGAAUCCGUCCUGUCGUGAUACAAGCCUAUUACUGCGACUGAUGUCUUUUGUACUCUUCGAUUUUGUACAYAGUAUUGUUGGGAGGAGUAAAGCACAAAAAUGCAAAUUUUGUACCUUUUUGUGGCCCCUGGGGGGCAAAGUUUGUAAUAAAUGAGUGAAAUGCA